AUGCCUUCCGCAGUUGAGAAAGAACGUAAGAAGGCCGAAAAGCUCGCCAAGUUCCAAGAAAAGCAGUCAAAGAAACAGACUGCGCCCGCUCCUGCAGCCGAGGCCGCCACCAAGACCGCAAAGAAAGAAAAGGUCAAAAAGCCCGCCGCCGUUGAUGCCUACGAGCCGCAAAAGAUCGAAUCGGGCCGCUAUGAGUGGUGGGAGAACAGAGGCUACUUCAAGCCACAAUUUACGAAGGACGGGAAGAUCAAACCAGAGGGCAAAUUCGUCAUUCCAAUACCUCCACCCAAUGUGACGGGGUCACUGCACAUGGGCCACGCCCUUACGAACGCGUUGCAAGACACAAUGAUUCGACACGCAAGAAUGAAGGGAAAGACUACGGCCUGGGUUCCCGGCUGUGAUCACGCCGGUAUAGCCACGCAAAGCGUGGUGGAAAAAAUGGUUUACAAGACCGAGGGAAAGACCCGGCAUGAUCUAGGCAGAGAGGUCUUACUCGAGAGGAUUUGGAGCUGGAAGGAGAAAUACCACGCCAACAUCACAAACCAGCUCAAACGUCUGGGAGGGUCCAUGGAUUGGACACGUGAGGCUUUCACCAUGGACGACGAUCGCUCCUUUGCAGUGCGUAAAACUUUUGUCGACCUAUUCGAUGAAGGUAUCAUUUACAGAGCGGACAGGUUGGUGAAUUGGUGCUCUGCUCUGUGCACCUCUUUGUCAAACCUUGAAGUGGACAACAAGGAGCUCAAAGGGCGAACGAAGUUGAAAGUGCCGGGGUAUGACAAGAUGAUCGAAUUCGGUGUUCUCACUUACUUCAAAUAUCCUAUCAGCAAAGGAGACGGGUCAGACAAAGCUUCGACCUCAUCAGAUCGCUUCAAGGGCUACGAGUUCAUCGAGAUCGCCACGACUCGUCCGGAAACCAUGCUUGGCGAUACAGCCAUUGCCGUGCAUCCCGAUGACAAGAGGUAUAAGCAUCUUGUGGGCAAACUGGCCAUCCAUCCCUUCAUUCCAGAUCGCAAGAUCAUAAUCAUUGCGGACGAGGAAGUGGAGAUGGACUUUGGUACUGGUGCAGUGAAAAUCACUCCUGCACACGACCCCAACGAUUUCACCAAGGGCAAGAAGCACAACUUGGAAUUCAUCAAUAUCCUCAAUGAUGACGGCACGUUAAAUGCGAACGCAGGGCCCUAUGCGGGACAAAAAAGGUUUGACGUGCGUUAUGCUGUUAUCAACGACUUGAAAGCGCUCGGCCUGUAUACAAAACAAGAGGAUAACGCAAUGACGAUUCCGAUGUGCCAGAGGAGCAAAGACGUGAUCGAGCCAGUCCUAAAACCACAAUGGUGGAUGAAGAUGGCUGAUAUGGCUAAAGCGGCAGAUGAAGCUGUCCUAGACGGCCGGAUUCUUAUCAAACCCGAGUCGGAGUCGAAGCGGUUCCAUUUCUGGAUGCAGAAUAUCCAGGAUUGGUGUAUUUCUCGACAACUCUGGUGGGGUCACAGAGCACCAGCCUACUUUGUCGAGCUCGAGGACAAGACAAGUGACGAAGCCGACAGCAAGUACUGGGUGGCAGCCUUGGACGAGGAAGAGGCUCGAGCUAAAGCAGAAGAGAAAUUUCCUGGAAAGACGUUCACGCUGAGAUGGGAUGAGGAUGUGCUCGAUACUUGGUUCUCCUCCGGUCUGUGGCCAUUUACAACGCUUGGGUGGCCAAAAGAGACGUCAGAUAUGCGAGAAUUGUAUCCGACCAGCAUGCUGGAGACCGGAUGGGAUAUUCUAUUCUUUUGGGUGGCCAGAAUGGUCAUGUUUGGUCUGAAAUUGACCGGCGAUGUGCCUUUCACAGAGGUAUAUUGUCAUUCCUUGAUUCGAGACGCGGAGGGACGGAAGAUGUCCAAGUCAUUGGGAAACGUGAUUGACCCGCUGGACAUCAUUCGGGGUAUCACGUUAGAUGAUCUCCACAAGACACUGUACGCCGGCAACCUUGAUCCAGCAGAGAUCGAGCGUGCCAAAAAUUACCAGAAGACGGCAUUUCCUAAAGGGAUUGAGGAAUGCGGUGCCGACGCCCUACGGUUUACACUGGUGAACUAUACCACUGGUGGCGGCGAUGUGGCCUUUGACAUCCGGGAGAUUGAAGCAAAGCGACGGUUCUGCAACAAGAUCUACCAAGCGACUAAUUUUGCGCUGGGAAGACUUGGAGGAGACUUCGUCCCCGAUGCGAAAACAACGGACAACCAACCAAAAUCACUGGCAGAGAAAUGGAUUCUACACCGACUAAACAUCGCCGCUCAGGAGGUCAAUAAUGCCAUCGAUGGGCGGGAAUUCUCUGUGGCUGCGGGUACCCUGUACCAAUACUGGUUCACCCAGCUGUGCGACACAUUCAUCGAGAACUCAAAAUACAUUCUCACUCCAGAGGCCCCUGAAGAUGAGAGAAAGUCUGCUCAGCAGACCUUAUACACAGCCCUUGAGGGCGGUUUGCUGCUGAUGCAUCCUAUCAUGCCUUUCUUGACCGAGCAUUUGUGGCAGAAGCUUCCGCGUCGGCAAGGUGACACCACUGAAAGCAUCAUGAUCGCGAAAUAUCCCGAGUUCAACGAGAAACUCGACGCCCCUCAGGAAGCUCAAAAGUACGAGUUCAUCAUGGACAUUGCGUCGGGUAUUCGAAGCUUGCUUUCGCAGUACGCUUUCAAGGAGCCUGGAGACAUUAUCAUUCAAACCUACUCGGACUCGGCUUUCAAGACGGCGUGGGAGGAACAGAAGUCCAUCAAAUCUCUGGGCGGCAAAUACCUUGGCAAGAUUGAAGUCAUACCACCAUCUACGAAUCCCUUUCCGCCCGCUGGGUGUGCUCUGCAGAGCAUCAACGCGGAUGCUGCCGUGUAUCUCCAGAUUGCUGGACGCAUUGAUGUGGCUGAGGAGUUGAAGAGACGUCAGAAGAGCAUUGAGGAUGCCAAAUCCCGGGCGGAGAAGAGCAAGAAGAUCAUGAGCGGAGCCGGGUGGGAGAAGGCGAGUAAGGAUACGAAGAAGAAGGAGGCAGAGAAGCUGCAGGAUGCCGAGAGCGAGGUGAAGAGAUUAGAGGAGGCGAUCAAGGACUUGGAGAGGUUGAAGCUGGAGGGUUGA